UCUCUCUCUCUCUCUCUCUCUCUCUCUCUCUCUCUCUCUCAGACAGCAUGUGAAGCACAUGCAGACUGAAUUAACUGACUACACCACCUGAACCAAGAACAGAAUCACACUCUUUCUUUCCCGCUCCUAUUUUCCUUUUUUUUUUUUUUUUUUUUGUUUUACAGUCAGACAAUUAAAUCAACACUCGGAUACAAUUACAGCUGAAGGGAUACACUCAGAAGACUUGGGGAAUACUGACUGUGAAGAAUGCAGAGCAGUCUAUCAAAGAAGCUUCUGGCUGCAGGUCUUUGCAUACUGGUGCUAUGGUCAGGAGCUGGAAACACCUGGAAAUUACAAAAAAGGGGUCUGCACCAAAAAGUGGCAGAUAAAUACGACGAUUACGAGUAUCCAAACCAGCCGCAGUCGGUGCAGUAUCAGAAGAACGACCGCUGCCCCCCGCCACCUCAAAUGCUGCCGGAGCGUGCCUGCGAGGUGCCCAGCUGCAGGUCCGACUCCGAGUGUGAGCGACACAAGCGCUGCUGCUACAACGGCUGCAUCUACGCCUGCCUGGAGUCUGUGCAGCCACCUCCGGUUCUUGAUUGGCUCGUGCAGCCCAAGCCCCGGUGGCUUGGAGGAAACGGGUGGCUAUUGGACGGCCCAGAGGAAGUGCUUCAGGCCGAAGCCUGCAGCACCACAGAGGAUGGAGACGAGCCCCUGCACUGCCCCACGGGAUACGAGUGUCACAUCAUCCACCCUGGGAACCCUGCAGCUGGGAUUCCCAACAGGGGGCAGUGCAUCAAACAGCGCGGAAACUCAGAUGGACGCAGCUUACGACAUAAAUACUUUAAAGAUUACAAAGAUUAUCUGGGGUAUCCGAAAAUGAGGGUAAAGCCACUAAGCAAACAUCUACAUCACUCAGUUCCAGAGAACGCAUCAUAACAAGGAACCAACCUGCUGAAUAAGGAAAAAUGACAGCUCUUUUUACACAAAGACUCACACAGCAAAGGGUUUUUAGAUCUUAAAAUACUGUUUUUGUACAUGAACUUGCAGGGAUCAAAACAAGCAUUGCAGUAAACCAGAGUAGUUAUUUACUUUUAAUAGACUGGUGGUAGAACUCUUCUCAGGAGUUUUUUGGUGCCCCAAGGGGUAGGAGGAUGUAUGGCAAUGAGUUUACAGUGCUUUCAGUUCUUAUGAAACACAAAUAAGCUGUUUUGAGUAGUCACUUGGCCUUAAAGGGAGCAGAUUAUUUUGCUCUAUAUCAAUCAGUCUUCCUACCUCUGACUCGCAUUGAUAAGCUGUAUUCGCCAUCUCCCAUCAAAAUACAUACGAGACCUAAAUAAUUGAAUGCCAAAACUUUUGUUCGUUUUUCUUGCUUAAGCUAUAGGGAAUUUUAUUUGACUGUGUCUGACUUUGAGCACAUGAAUACAGCACCCUCUCAUUUACAUUCAGAACUUUUUAAACAUUCAUUCCAAAACAUGUAUUUUUUUUAAGUAAGUAGUUACUUGUAAUCAGAUUACUUAAAUGUAAUAUUGACAAGGACUUUUUCAGAGCCAAAAGUAAAGUAAAAUACUUACUUCAGGUGGCAUAUUUUUUUAAAAAUUUUUACUUACUAACAUAAACACUAGACACUGGUCAGUAAAAGUAGCAGUAAAACUCAUGAUAAAGGUUUCUUACUGUGUUUUAUUUUUAUUGGCAAAAGUAAUAUGUAAUCAGUAAUACAGCAUAUUACUUUAAUAAUGUAACAUAUUACUUUUUGGAGCCAGUAAUCAGUAGCAUAUUUCAAAUUAAUACAAACUAACCCUUGCAUUAUGCACAGUAUACUGGACAAUCAAAGUGAUAGACCAUGUAUUUUUUAAAGUUUUAUUUCAGAUUUUUAAUUUUUAUGUGCUUUCAUUAUUUUUCAUUUUG